UCCUUUUCUAAAUUCUUGUUGACCAUAUUUUUUAAUUCGUUCGCCGUAGUAAAUGGUUUUGUUUUUAUUUCUCUCAAAAUCCAACGCUCAUCAUGGUCAUUUAAUUUCUUUCCUUGACCAAUACGACUUUUAUUUUCUACCUGAAAAUUUUUAACAUACCGUUGAAUGAUAGCAUGAACUGUGGACGGACAUCGGUCAACAAUUUCGGCGAUUUUACGCACGGAUUUACCCUCUCCAUAUAAUUUUAUAAUUAAAUGCCGCGUUUCUAAAGUCGUUUGCUUUUUUCGUUGAUCCAUUUCAAUAUUUAUCUGCACUUUGAACACUACACUUGCAUACUGAUUUUUCAUUUGCCUUGGAAUUAACAUGAACUCACUCAGCAGAAAAAAUAACGGUCCCAAAAAACCGUUUCCAAGAAUAACUCGGCAUCUACACUAUUCGUCCAAUUAUACGUUUGACAAGAAUUUUGUUGAUUUUGGUUUCUUUUGUAAUUAGAAAAAAGUUGUUUAAUAAAAGAUCAUAAGUAUUAUACAUUUUUAAAAGGUCUUUUCAUAAUCUACAAUUCUGCAUCAAAACUUUUUGGAAAUUUUCUCAUUGAAGAGAAAUAUCGGCAUUUGAAUAAUCUUAUACUUAGUGUCCAAUUAUACGUUUGAGCCACUGUAUGUACAUACAUACGUAUAUGUAUCAUCCAACAAUUAAGCUGCUCACGAACUCCUAACCAUCGGAAGUCGUAUAUCUGGAAAUACACAAACAAUGAAAAAAAAUCAUAUCUCCAAACUGACGCAUCAAAAGUCACAUUUGGACACGCUGAGUAGUCUAUUAAAAAAAACCUGGAAUUAUUCUAGAGAAGACGUUGAUAAUGUCAAAGGGUUUUCUAAAGUCAGAGUCAAUCAGAUCAAAAAUUUCUUUGUCUUCCCUUUUUUUCUCCUUUUAAAUUCACCAGGCGCUAGGUGCCGUUUUAAUAAAUACAUAAGUAUAUAUUGACAAGAAAUGAAAUUUAAUAGAAAAAAUCAAUAAAUUUAUAGUUGGGUGUCUUUUGAUCACGAGGUUAAAUCGAAUGUCCCAACUCGAUUCUUGAUUAACUUCUAAAAAUAAAGGUCGAGUCUCAAAAAUCGAUUAUUUUACGCGUAAACUCGUUACUUAAGUAGAAUCGGAUUCGAGUUUACUACCAUCCCCACGAACAGCACAAUGAAAGAACCAUUUUCACAUAUUUCAGUAUGCAUUGCUUCAUUGCAAUUAUACAAGUUAAAAUAAGUAUGUACAUAAAAUUAGUGAAGCUUAGAGAAAUCCUUAUUAUUGUUUUUGAAAAUGUUAACUUCACAUGUAAACACGAUUUUAUGUAAGCAGCAGGAAACUUUAUGUUAAUAUAGCGCCACUACAACUAUUUACCAAUAUACUAAAUAUUGGAAAUUAGACACACUGAGCGCUGCAGUCAGAGAUAAAGAGAUGUUUAACUUCUCUCUCACUGGAAGUGAGAGAGCAAUUGCUAAACGUCAAAACCACCUAAACUCGAUCAACUGUCAAAGUUUAGGUGGUUUUGACGUUUAUCAAUUGGAAAAGAGGGACGACCAGAUUAAAAUCCCGCCAAUUAUUGUUCGAAUGGAGAGAUUUUUCAUUAUUUUGUCUCCAUUUGUAACGGCCAUUAGUUCGAAGAAUACCGAAGGCGAAACAGCACGCAGAUUGAAAGAUAUAAAAUGCCGAAGACAACCAGCAGUUGGAGAAAAUGCAUUGUUGGCUGCAACGAGGGAGGAAGAACAUUUAGCUUUCCAAACAGUGGAACGGAUCUCGAACGGCGUAAAUGUUGGCUCAAACGUUUAGGUGUUUUUGAAGAUCUGAGCGAAAAAACACCUAAACACAUUUUUGCGUGCGAGCGGCAUUUUUCGAAUGAAAUGCGUAACGCGAAAAAAUUGCGUCCGAGAGCCGUUCCGGACAUAAAUUUAAUUAAUGAGCCAAUAUUUAACGCCCCAAAUUCUGAAAAUAUA